GCGACGAUGGACUAUAAGAUUUGUAUGUAAAUUUAGACAUUGUAGACAUGACAAGGACAAGGAAACCAUAACUGGACCUAUUUUACCGACAUAUCUUUUGGAUUAACUAAACGUUGUCAUUUUUUUUCUAUUCCUUUUUUCUAUCUGUGAUGGAGACUGAAAUACGUCUAAACUACGCAGCCUUAAGAUGGCGAUUAUUCCGCGAACCGAGACAACAAAUAGGACUGCUGGUGUUACUUCUUCAUGUAGUUGACAUGGCAGAUGGACAUAUUCGCUACUCUAUUCCAGAGGAGAUGAAAAAGGGUUCUGUCAUCGGAAAUGUAGCGCAAGAUCUUGGCUUGGAUCUGACAAGACUCCGCUCUGGGAGGGCCCGCAUUGUGACCGGAGAAAACGUUCAUUACACCGAGCUGAAAACGGACAAAGGGAUUCUAUUGGUGAACGAGAGAAUAGACCGAGAACAGCUUUGUGGAGACGUAAUGCCGUGCAGCUUCAGCUUUGAGAUGAUUUUAGAAAACCCCAUGGAACUUCACCAAAUUACUGUUGAGGUUUUAGACAUAAAUGAUCACGCUCCCGUUUUCCCAUUUAAAGAUAAACCAAUUAGUUUUGAAAUAAGCGAAUCAGCUGCAGUUGGAGUACGUUUCCCUCUGCAGAGUGCAGAGGAUUUUGAUGUCGGCCAAAAUGCGUUAAAAGAUUAUAUUUUGUCAGCGAACGACAAUUUUGUCCUGAAACAACAAGUAAAUCCCGACGGAAGCCGAUAUGUUGAAAUGGUGCUGCAUAAACCUUUGGACAGGGAGCGACGUCCGCAGUUUUCUUUAAAGUUAAUCGCAGUUGACGGAGGUACACCACAGAGAUCUGGUUCAAUAAACAUAGCCGUAACUGUGCUGGAUGCUAAUGACAAUUAUCCCGUUUUUAAUCAGUCGGUAUACAAAACAUCUGUUGUGGAAAACACAAAAAAGGGCAGCAGUAUUUUAACAGUAAAUGCCACUGAUGCCGACAGUGGUUCGAAUGGAGUCAUUACCUACAGUUUGUCCAAAAUGAAAGGAAUUGCAGAUGACAUAUUCACAAUUGAUCAAAAUACAGGGACGAUUUAUGUAUCUGGUCAAAUAGACUAUGAAAAAAAUAAAAAAUAUGAACUGAGAGUUGAGGCCAAAGAUCAGGGUGGACUCACUGGGAUAGGUAAAGUUAUUUUUGAUGUUGUAGAUGUUAAUGACAAUGCCCCAGUUAUAAAUGUCAUGUCAUUUUCUAGUCCACUUUCAGAGGAUGUACAACCUGGAACAACAGUUGCUAUUUUGAAUGUUAAAGAUUCAGAUUCUGAAAACAAUGGGCAAAUCAAAUGUUCCAUAGACAACAAGCUUCCUUUCGCAAUUGAGUCCUCUCUAACAAACUAUUACAAUUUGGUCUCAAAUCAACAGUUUGAUAGAGAAUCCAUCUCAGAAUAUAACAUAACAAUAACAGCUACAGAUUUAGGUUCGCCUCCUCUGUCUAGCACAGCUGAAUUGCAUCUUAAAAUCUCUGAUGUUAAUGACAAUGCACCAUUAUUUGAGAAAAAUAGCUAUUCUGCAUAUGUCACAGAAAAUAAUCCCCCUGGGUUUUCCAUGUUUGCUGUCAAGGCACAUGACUCCGACUGGAAUCAAAAUGCUAGAAUCUCCUACCUUUUAGAGGACACAGAUGUCAGUGGUAGUCCUGUAUCUACUUAUGUGUCUUUAAACUCUGAAAGUGGAGUUCUUAGUGCAAUACGCUCAUUUGAUUAUGAGCAAAUUAAGCAGCUACAGGUUGUAGUCAAAGCGCAGGAUGGGGGCUCUCCUCCACUCAGCAGCAAUGUGACUGUAAAAUUACUGAUCCAGGACCAGAACGAUAAUCCUCCUCAGGUUCUGUACCCGGUCCAGACUGGUGGCUCUAUGGUAGCUGAAAUGGUUCCUCGUUCAGCAGAUGUGGGUUAUCUGGUCACUAAAGUGGUGGCUGUUGAUGUGGACUCUGGACAGAAUGCCUGGCUCUCCUAUAAACUACAGAAAUCCACAGACAGGGCGCUGUUUGAAGUGGGAUUACAGAAUGGAGAAAUAAGAACUAUCCGCCAAGUGACUGAUAAAGAUGCUGUCAAACAAAGACUGACUGUUAUCGUGGAGGAUAACGGACAGCCCUCUCGUUCAGCUACAGUCAUUGUUAACGUGGCGGUGGCGGACAGCUUCCCUGAAGUGCUGUCGGAGUUCACCGACUUCACACAUGACAAGGAGUACAAUGACAACCUGACUUUUUACUUGGUGUUGGCUCUGGCUGUAGUUUCCUUCCUCUUCAUCACGUGUUUGGUGGUUAUUAUAUCAGUGAAAAUCUACAGAUGGAGACAGUCUCGCAUCCUGUACCACUCCAACCUCCCUGUGAUUCCAUAUUAUCCUCCACGUUACUCAGACACUUUGGGAACAGGAACUCUUCCACACGUGUACAAUUACGAGGUGUGCAGGACUACUGACUCCAGAAAGAGUGACUGCAAGUUCGGCAGAGCUGGUAGUCAGAACGUGCUGAUAAUGGAUCCCAGUUCUACAGGAACGAUGCUGAGGAUUCAGAACGAAAAGAGCAUCUUGGAUGAGCCAGAUUCUCCUGCAGAGGUCAGUUGA